GACGUAGGACGAUGAUACUGAUACGCAAAUAUAUAUUUGUAUUCUUUGGGUUUUUGUUGACAUUCAUUUGGUUAAGUCACAAUGGUAAUCAGCCAAAGAAAGGCUUGGAGCAUGUUGCACCUGUAUCAAUAAAGACGACUUUGACAUGGUUGAAGCCAAGUUUCCAUUUCAGAAAGGCGCGGAUUCGUGAUCUUGUGCGCAAAGACUCUCACAGUCUCAAAAUUGUGGAUCGAUUUGCCGAAAUUGAUUCGGCUGAGAUGGAAAUAGCAGAUAACCAAAUAGUUGCCGAUUUAAUAUCAAAUGUGGAGUAUGAAACCACCGGUAAUAAAUUCAGCUCUGGGGAUAAGCCAUCGCGGUAUUUUGUGAAUAGUACGAAAUGCAAGAUGCCCUACGCCGAUCCCUUCUCUCGUGAGGCAUUGGAAAUCUAUCAUCCAGCAAAGCUGAAGGUCUGCACCAAUGAGUCCGACACCUUUUAUCUGAACUACGACCAGCACACAAAGCACUACAAGCUCUACGUUAAUGAGAAGAUCUUGUCCAAACUGAAGCCUCACGUGAGCCAAUUUAAAUGCAAUUAUCGUGCAGUAACACGAGGCACCAAUGAGGACCCUGAUCGUCACAGCGACAUACAUUCUCCAAUAUACUUUCGAGGCAAGUGCACGCUGCCACAGAAUUUGAGCGGAAUUAUUGUGGAAUGCCAUGAUGCACACAAUAUUUCAGCGAUUGUGCAACAGGAUGCAUUUUCCCUGGUGCAAGUAUAUAAUAAGGAAUCCCGAAUAGAAAGCGAUCCACUCCACCGUCAACCCAGCGUUAUAAUCCUCGGACUGGACAGCAUGUCGCGCAUGAAUUUCCAGCGGACAAUGCCCAAGACGCUGAAUUUUGUAAGAAAAUCCGGCUGGUUUGAAAUGGAGGGAUAUAAUAAGGUGGCGGACAACACUGUGCCCAAUCUACUUCCCAUCCUCACUGGCCACAUGGCCAGUCAAUUGGAAAAUAUUUGUGAAAUUCACUCGUAUGGCUGCUUGGAUAAACUGCCUUGGAUUUGGACUGAUUACGCUCGAGCUGGCUAUACCACAGCCUUGGGAGAGGAUAUAUUGGGCGAGGGAAUAUUUGUAAUGGAUUUGCCCGGAUUCAAGCAUAAGCCAGUCAAUUAUUAUCUUCGUCCCCUGCUGUUGGGAAUAAGUCGCGUCCUACGCACCUAUAAAAGAUUCGGUUAUGAUUACUGCAUUGGACGCCGGCUGAGCUUGGCCUAUGUUUAUGACUUUUGUGCGCAGUUUACAGCUCGAUUCGUGGAGGAACUCGAUCAGCCGACAUUUGCCCUAUUUUGGAGUUGCACCUUCACACACGACUAUUACUUUGGUGCGUCGAGCUUGGAUGCAAAAUUCGUGGAGUAUUUGCGUCUAAUGGAGAGACACAGAUUGUUCGAGAGAUCAAUUGUAAUACUUAUGAGCGAUCAUGGAGCGCGGUUUGGUGAUCUUUCAGAACUGUCCGACAGUUUCUUAGAGGAGCGUUUGCCCAUGCUGCAUGUUUACCUACCGCCCUGGUUCCGCGACACGUAUCCAAAAUAUGCUGAGGCCUUGCAACUAAAUCGCAAUCGUCUAAGUUCCAAUUAUGAUUUGCACAAUACGCUGAGGCAUAUUCUGCGACUGAAUGCCUCAACGCCAGAGCAACUGCCUCUUAUGGCCACAUGUCCCGGUAGCCAGUCGUUGCUCCAUCCUCUGCCCGUGGAGCGCAGCUGCCAAGAUGCAUGCAUUGGGGAGCAUUGGUGCACGUGCAACGAGUUUAUUAAUCAAGCCCUGGAUGGGGAUAUAUAUUUGCUGGGCAAACAAAUUGUUUAUCACAUCAAUCGCUGGAUGGUUCUAAAUGGUUUCAAUAAAUUUUGUCAACGCAUUUUACUUCAGGAUAUGGAAAAUGCCGAGAAGAAGGUGCUCUUCGAGGAGAAUGGCAAGGAGACAAUUUAUGGCAACAUUGGCACUUAUCGAUUGCGUUUCCGCACCCAUCCCGCCGGGGGUAAAUUCCAGACAACAUUGCGCUUCAAUCGCGAUUUGAAGACCAUUGAGAAUUUGUUUGUGCCGGACAUAAGUCGCCUGAAUAGCUAUAAGAAUAGUUCACAGUGUGUAAACAAUAAGAUUGCGAAGAAAUUCUGUUUCUGCUAUCCCAAAGGGACAUUAAAUGCAUUUAUGGUGGACUGGAAGAAUAUGAAACUAACUACCCUGCAUGCAUUUUAAACUUCCAAUAAUAUUAUUAUUGUCUAUCAAUAAAAAUUGAAUGUUAUCUGGGUGAAAACUUUCAAUAAUCCAUUGCCCUAAAAACUAAACUUAUUUCAAACAA